GACAUCUGUAUGACAAGGCGUCGGAAAUCAUCUUCUGAAAUGCUUUUUGCAAGCACCCAAGAGACUGUUAGCAUAAUUUCAGCCGAACACUGCUUAUACAGUGCUUCCAAACUGCAUCAAGAAAAUGACUGCCUGUAAGGUUGCUGAAAGUCGAAGGUACAAAUAGUCUACCAUGUCCUCCGAUCCCACCCAACCUCUGGAGUCGCCAAAAUCUCCUGGUAUCCCUUCAUACCCAUUCAACAGAGAAGGGAGUCGACUUUGGGAAAGAAAUCAUCACUUUCUAGGGGAUCUACCCAGUCCCCUUCCAACUAAGAGAACCAGAACCUACUCUGCCACUGCACGUGCCUUGGCAGGACCUGUGUAUAAAGGAGUGUGCAAACAGUUUUCUCGCUCCCAAGGACAUGGGUUCAUUACUCCAGAGAGUGGAACAGAAGACUUAUUUGUGCAUAUUUCUGACAUUGAAGGGGAAUAUGUGCCAGUAGAAGGUGAUGAAGUUUCGUUUAAGAUGUGUCCAAUUCCACCCAAGAACCAGAAAUUCCAAGCUGUGGAAGUUGUCCUUACCCACCUGUGUCCUCACACAAAACACGAGACCUGGUCAGGACAGAUCAUUAGUUCUUAAAUCGCAUCAGUAACUUUUCUUUCAUAGUGGGGACCAAAAGAGACCUAAAACUGCCAUUUUGACAUUGUGUCUUCAACUACCACCGUGAAACCAGAUCUUCUGGAUAGUUUGAGCCGGUUUCAUACUGAAGUCUUUCUCAAUGUGUAAUGGGAUUCCCACCCCAUGAGUAAAGAUGAAACCUAGGGACUGGUUCAAUCUGUCCCAAAGAUCUGAAGCUGCUUGCUAGCUAAGCUACCAUAUUUGGCACCAAUAUUACACAACUGGAUUUCAACCAGCUCUAUAUUUGGAAGACCAGGUUUUACGAUCUACUAAAGGAAUAAUGCUUUUUAUCUCAUCACAUGGAAUGCUCCAGUUGCUCUUAACAAUUCUUGUUGUAUUGCUUACGUGUGGGAUGGUUUUGUGUUUGUAUCAUUUGUUAGUACUGAAAAAAGAGAAAAUGUAGUGUUACUCCAAGCCACAGUGGCCUUUCUUCCUGUAUGGGUCCUCCAUUUUAUUUAACCUCUAAUCAAGAAUCUGCAAGGUUUCAAUCUAUGAAGUGGCUUCUCAUAAUGCGUUACCAUUCUGUUUGUAUUUUCCACUUUUUUUUUUUUCUUUUUUUUUUGCAUCUUUGU